AUGCAUUCUUUUACAUUCGCUUUCACGGCCAUUGCCGCAUUUGCCGGAGUGGCAUUCUCUCAAGAUUCUGGCUUUGACUCCAUUUUCAAGCCGUCCAAGGGUGAUGAUGUGCCGGCUGGCGCGAGCUACACGGUCGCCUGGGAGCUGGGCUCGAACAAGCUUAAAGGACCGGUCACACUCACUCUCUUGGCCGGUACUGACAGCACCACGCUCCAACCUGCUGGCACCAUAGGACAUGCCAAUAAUGAGGACCUCAAGUUCGAAUGGCUAGUUAACUCUACCCUCGGCACGGAUGCCCUCACUACCCUUGUCACUUCGGCGACCAGGAAGACGUCGGCGUCUACAUCUGCAUCCACAUCUGCAUCUGCAUCUGCAUCUGCUACCCCAGUCGUCACUAGUGCCGGUAUUCAGCAGGGGCCUGCAGUGUCAGGAGCACUGAUGGUGGCUCUGGUGGGCAGCAUCGCAGCAUACUUUUGCUUGUAA